AGCGACCGAACGUCUUCGAUGCUAAAUCGUUGAUUAGCUGUCGCAUUCACCUUCAUUUACGAAUCUCACUCUUGACGUGUAGGUUGUUUACAUGGUGAGUGCUCCACACUAUAUUUUACCUUAAAAAUUUUGAGGAAUAAUUUGCCUAUGAUAGUUUUGCUUGGACAACUAAAAUUUAAAACAAGAUACUUUCUAAAACACGCUUUACUUAAUUUUGUUCAAGGAUCAAUCUAAGGUGUUGUGUGGUUCUUUUACCAAGUUGUUAUACAUUUUAUAUUUUGGCGUGACCUUCACGGUAGGCAUUUUCAGUGGCAGUUUUCCUUCUUAAUUCUGAUUAAGGGUGAUGUAAUAGAUCAGGGUUCUCAAUAGGAUUUGAAGUAGGUAUGUACCCAACUUUAUGCAAUCAUCUUUGCCAAAUGAAAAUGAAACAAUGGUUGGGACAAGUAGACCAUACAGUAAGGUAUUUUGAAUCCCAAUCUAAGAAGUGAUCAAUUACCAGAUACCUUUUAAAGUUCCUGUAGAAACUGCAAUUAUAUUGUUCCUAACUAUAAUAAUAAACAUCAAGUUCUCUUCCACUGAUCCUACUUAUUGUUAAUCACAGUUUUACUUUCAUGUUUGGUUCAAAAUAUUGGUCUGAAGAAUCAUUGUGGUGCCUUUUUAUGCCAAAAAUUAUCAAAAACAAAAGACAUGAGACUAACAGGAGAUACCAUGUGGGAUGAUUUUGCCAGAUGGUAUUAAAGCCACCCUAGCUUUAUUAGAGUUAAUAUCUUCCUAAAAUUUGUCAUUUUAUUGAAUCAUCAUGCUAUUUUGAAUAAAUCUGGGGAAGGCAAGUCAUCUGAUGAGAACUCAAAAUAACUUGAGCACUUAAAGAUGGUGGUUCAAUAACAACAGAGUAAUUUUAAUUCCUGAAAACAAGGCUAAUAUGUCACAAGUUUCAACAUUAUGAAUAUUGACCAAUAUUGUCACAGCUAUGAUAUUACAUAGAGGUUCCAAAGAUUAGACCAAAAAUUAAGGUAGAGGUUUUUCUGGGUGAUUUCCUUUUUUCUGGUAUACCUGUGUUAGACUGAUAAAAUGUUAUCUUUCAAUUUGUUUGAAUUUGGACAAAAAUUAAUGACAAAAUAUUUAAUGUAGUGUUUAAAAUGAAUAUGUACUCAGUAACAUUGGUGUUCUUGUAAUUAGAAUGAGAAAGAUGGUUAGUUUUGAGCUUGGCAAAGAAAUGGAAAAAGAUGUUUGUUUGUCUUGUUGUGAGUGUAGGACAAAGAAAAAUUCUAAGCAUUUCGAUGCUGUACCACUGAGCCACAGAGGCUCUAUGGAGAGCAAGGGCUGUUACAAAUUUCAUAUACAAAAUGUGACACUAACAAAAUUGAUGAUCCUAACAGUAUGCAUGAGGCGUGUCAUAUAUGAAACUCAUAAGGGGCCUUGUUCACAAUAGAGCCUCUGUGGCUCAGUAGUAGAGCAUCAGAGAGUGGAAUCCAAAGGUCUGAGGUUUGAUUCCUUGUGGGACUCAGAAUUCUUCCUUUGUCCCAUGCUUGUGACAAGAUGGUUGUAUGCUUGUUUCUAAAUUUCUUUUCCUUUUUUUUGUAUGAAUUCAAAUGUAAUUUGCACAAACAACUUUAGUUUUUUUUGUCAUUGUUAAUAAUUGGGAUUUCAUCAAAAGUGUUUUGUCUGUUAAGGAAAAUUAUUUUCAGUUUGGUUUCCCUAGUUCGUCUUACAGUUUUAUCUGUAGAUUACCCAUUUUUACAUGGGGUCAUUAAUCUUUUGGUUGUUCUUUUUUCUGUUAGUGAAAGCUGACACUGCAUUGUAGGAUUCUGAAAUAUUUUACUCAUUGAACCACAACUGAACAAGCAUCAUAAGAGAGAUUUGAUCAUGACAUCUGUCAGUGACUCUACAACUCGCAGAUCCAAGAAGAAACUACCUAACAUCCCUCCUGAGGAAUUAGCACUGCAUGGAAAUGGAGGAUCAUUGGAAGGUGGUGGUAAACCUCAUGAUUUGCCACCUGAAGUGCAGGCACAAUUUAUCAGACAUGUGCACAAAAGAUCGCGUUCAUUGACAGGGCUGGAUACGAUUGAGUUUGAAAAAAAGUUGCAAGCUGAAGCUGAAAAGGAAAAUGUGGAACCAAAACCUUUACUUGAGCAAAGUUUAGCAGCACCAAAACAGGAGCAGUUGAUUGGAAACCAAGAUGAGAGGACAACAUUUGUACAUUCUUUGCCAUCAACGCCAGGUAUGAUUGCAAAAUGAUGAAGAAAGAAAAGAACACCUGACCUUGUCAGGUCUUUAACAUGCGUGUUUCAAUGCUGAAUUCAGCACAUAAACUACCAGGCCACUGCCUCCUACAAACUGCUUGAUAAAAACUACUAAAAGUGACCAGGUUGCCUCACAAUAAUGUCCACAUCCGUAAUGUGAAAACACCAUGUUUGUGUGAAAGUUUGAAAGGGAUUUGAUUCAGUGGGUGUCAAUAUAAGAUGUCCGUCUACAAUACUGUCUUUGUAGACAGUUUUCAUUUUCAUUUUGAUGAAAUUUGCAUUUCACCUUUUCCAACUUUUAUUUUUCAGUUUUUAAUCGAAAAUCUAGUGCAAGUUCAUUGAAAUCAGCAGAUGACAGGGGGGAACUUGUAAAAGAGCUUAGAUGGCACUACAAACAGUAUGUGAAGACAGCAAGACGGAACAAAGAGAAGCUUGCCAAUGUAAGUGUGGCUAUAAAAAAGCUGGAGGAAAUUUGAUUUUCCUUCACAAAUUGAACUAGAUUCAUGCUCUCAGAUUUGUCACUAGAAAAUGUAACAAGAGUUUGAUCUGAAAAGAGAAAGCUGCUGAAUUGAAUCAUGCUUAAGGUUCAUAAGUAAUUGCAAGGCAGGGAAAAAGUAGAUUCAAAGAUUUAGAUUUAAACUGUUAGAAUGGAACUUCCAGUAAGUGGUAAUCACUAGAAAACCUUUUUCAUGUAUGCACAGGCAUACACAAAAAAGUUUGUUAGUUCAUUCCUAACACCAGGUGGUUAUGGAUGUUUCCUAGAGCUUUGGUUAUAGAGUACAUUUAAUUUGCAAAUUAGCUUUAAUAGCUCCAACUGGUAUGAGCAAACAAAAGAUAAACGUCAUUUUUUAUAUAUAAUGUUGCAACCAUGGUGGGUUCUGCUGGCAGUGGCAGCUGUAAUACAAGUCUUACUUAUUUAAAAUUGUUUUCAUGAGAUCACAAAAUUUGAAUUGUUUGUUUUUAUAUUGCACCAAGGUAGCCAACGUUAGGGAUGAUAACAGCAGUAUCCUGGGUUUAGGAGGAAUAUCUCUAAGUGAGGUAACACUUCUUUAAACUGCCCAAAUUUGACCAACUUGUCUGAAAAACUUGACUUUAAUUGGAAGAAAGCCUUAAGUCAUCUUUGGGAUUUAAAACAAUCAAUACACUAUUUUGUGUUGUUUAUGUAUGCACCAUUCUUUUGGAUGCAGAAGUUGUGAAUUAUAUUUUCCUUUGUUUUAAGAUUUUUAUCCAGUUUAAGUUGUGUAAGUUUUUCUUUGUCAUAGAGUACAUUUAUAGAGUUGAGACCAGGAAAAAUUGAACCAGCGUGACAUAAAAAAACUUUUGAUCAUGGGGUUGACCUACUAGGAAAUGUUAGUUUUAAACAUGAAUCAGAAUUUGUUCAAUAGACUUUUUGACAUGUUUUUGCAUUUUAUUUAGUAUUCCUACUGGGUAGAUGAUAAUUUAAACAAUAAUGUUUAUACUUCUUGUUUUAAUUUGGUGAUAUUGCUUGUUUUGCAGGGUAGCCAUCAAAAUGCCAGUACCACCAACAGCUCUGUAAUUCAGACAAACAGGUGUGACCAACCAAAAUGUGGCAGACCUGUAGACAUUCUUGAACGUGUGGCAGUGGAAAAUCAUGUGUUUCACAAAAGCUGCUUUGUUUGUGCAAUAUGCAACUCAUGGCUAAACCACUUUAACUACUGCUUUGUUCCUGACCAUGACAAGUUCUACUGCAUUCAACACUAUCAGGAUAUUGAGAAUGCCAGUUUUGGAUUAGGAGAAGAUAUCCGUCAUGCAAUGGGUAUAGGACCAGGAGUACAACAGCAGUUUAAAUUUACACCAGGUGUGUUAAGUACAUAUUUUAUAAUGCCUCCCAGCAUUUCUGACAAAUCACAAUCAAUUAUCUGUUUGAAGGUAAUCUGCCAUAUCACAAGUAGAUUGGUAGGAAAUUAAAUGAGAACAGCACUAAAUACUUUAAACAAGAAUUUACUUUCCAUGUGCACAAAGGUCAAACUAACAACUUCAUUUAAAUUGUUUGUUUGGGGUCAGAUGCUAUAGAUGGUAGCAAGGACACCAAAGGAGUGGACAAGGUGCAGAACUCAAUCAGAAUCAUGAAAGAAAAAAUAUCACUACUUAGCAAAAGAGGAAAGAAGCUGAUAAAGAAAGAGAGGAAACUGAAGGCUAACCUUGGCGAGUUUAAAGGUGAUGAACAAAUAUACAUGUUCAUUUUCACUUGAAUUUUUGUUGAACUCAGUUAUAAACUGAGAGAGAGAAUAAGAGAUAACUUGAUCAUGUCAAUAGUUCAUAUCUUUGAGUCUUUGUGAUACAUCUGUAGUAAAUUGGUUAGUCUGCUUGAUUGAUCAAAAUUCCAUGUUUUUAAAUUUGUAUUCAAUUUUUGAGACACUAUAUGGUUCACAGGAAUAUUGCAUAGGGUUGUUUAUUGCUCCUCAGUGGUUACAUACUUGUACCUUUUCCUGGCAUGGUCCCUCAAAAGUUCGAUAACAUAUCCUGUGGUUAGGUGGCUUUGUAGUGAAUAAGUAUAAUUAUGAGAGAGUGUAGUUAAUAGCACUAUCAAUCCUUUUGAGCAACUGUGACCAGGGAUGGUGUAUUGGUUAGAGUGCCCCUUAAAGGAAAAGAAGCGUAUAUUCUAUCUGAUAUAAUUAUGUAUUAAUGAAUAGCCUCCAUUUAAAGGAGAGCACAAAAAACCCUUAAGGUACUUGUGAUGCGAUGAAUUAUAAUUUUUUUUUUGUUAAGGUUCCGAUUCUGAGAAACAAACACUAUGGGUUGAGUGGUUUAGUGCUGUACAGGAUAAAAACAGUACAGUCAGGAGGGAAGCAGAGCUCUCAUUCAAGUGAGUAUUGAAAAAUACUUUUUUGCUUGGACUCACCCUGAUUGCAUUUAUUGCUUUAAAAUAUAUCUCAUGCUUUAAACCCUGAAACUCUCAGAAGUGAUUAUGAUGUAACUUCUCCCUAAAAUAUCCACACAUUAUCUAGCAAACAUGUAAUGAGAAUACUCAAAUAUAUCAGGUACAAGUUGUUAUCUUGAUCUUACACCAUAUUUUGGCAACUAAUUUACAAGAAAAUGUGUAGUAGUAAGAGAGGAGAAUUAACAAUCAGAUCUUUGGAGUGGAAGGGUGAAAUAAACAUUUAUAUAAUAUUUAUCACAAUUUUAAAGAUUUGUGCCCUCUCAUUAUCUAGGGUCAGAGAGCUGGAGCUGGCAGAAAAGUACUCUCGAUUGGAGAAAAAGCUGAGAGGAUUAACAGAAAAAGAUGGUAUGAGGUUGUUGAAAUUUGUGACAAGAUGCUGUUAUUGUAAUUUUUAUUGUCAUGAUUAAUGUUAUUGUCUAUUAUUGAUAAAUGUAAUUGUUGUUGAUGUCCUUUACAACAAAAGCAAAGAUUGUCAUUUCUGAUAUCUUAACUGUUAUUUUUGUAAAUGAUUAAUUUAGAGAAUAUAAAGACAGAGUAUGACAAGUCUAAAGAAAAUGAAUUACUACAAGAGAUGCUUGAGGUGGUUGAGAAAAGGGAACAACUGAUAUCUGAAGUAGAGAAUGCCAAGAAGAGGUAAAGUGCUAGAGUGCUAACAACAUUAAAAUCAAUGUCAGUAAUAAUAUUGUCUUGUAAAUUUUGUUAUAAGUAUGUUUUAAAGGUAGAAGGCACUAUGUUAAGUUGUACUUUUCCAGGAAAUAUAGCUUGAUCAACAACAGUUAACCCUUUAACACUCAUUAGUGACCAAAACAGAAUUUCUCUUUACAACGUCAAUACAAUAUCAAGAAGGCAGGUGAUGAGAACAAAGAAAAACAAUCAAUGAGAUUGUUAGUUGAUCCAAUACCAAAUUCUCUUGAACAACAUUACAUGAAUUUUAUGGCAGACAGUAAGGAGAAUUAAUAAUGAGAUCUUGGGAGUGAAAGGGUUAAGUAAAAUUUAUUUGAUCUCUUGGCAGGUACGCUGAAGAAGACAAUGAGAUAGAGAAAGAAAGAAGAGAGGCAGGUUAGUAUGGUUAUGAAGUGUAUUCUUUUUUGAAGAUAAAAUUUAGACUAAAGUUUAUCAAAGUUAAAGGCAAAUACAUUAAUAAGGUACAUGUACAGUAGCUCUUUGUCCAUUUCUUGUUUGUCAAAUCUGUAUUUGCGGGAUUGUGUUUUUUUCUGGGAGUGAAAAGAUCAGAUGAUCUGGAGAAAAACCUUUCAAGCAAGGACAAGAAGCAACAACAAUUCAGUCGUUAUGUGAUGCCAGGGUUAGGAAUGGAACCCAAGCCACAGGGGUGAAGGGAAUUGUUCUCGCCACUAUGCCAUCUCUAUCUGGUUAAUUUGAGAGAGAUUUAGGAAUGAGGAUGAUUUUCACCAUGAGGAAAAUGAUCCACAAAAUUGUCCUUUAACACCUUAACACUCGAGAUGUGAUUGUUAAUUCUCCCCCCUUAGCUGUUACACAUUUCCUUGAAGAUAAGUUAUGAGAAUGAAGCAUUAGAUCAAGAUUACAACUUCUACCUGAUAUGUUUAAGUAUUCUCACUACCUGUUUGCUGGAUAAAAUAUGGGUAUUACAGGGAGAAGUUGCAUGUUAAUCACUUCUGAGAGUUAAAGGGUGGAUAGGUGUAGAAAUGCAAUAGUUAAUUAAUUACAAUAGGCCUGUUUAGUUAGAAUUUCAAACACAUCUUUUCAUAUUCAGGACUGAAUGAUCCUGAUGUUGUAAGGGAGGUGACUGCUGUUGGAAAGGAUGCCCAGAAAGUAUCAGAAGCUGUCAAAAAAGCACCAAGUGCCGUCAAAAAACAAUCAGAGUUUAUGUGCCCUGGAUCUUGCACUCUGCUUUGAUACUGAAGUGGAGUAAAAAAAUUAGAACUUUAAACUUUUGUCAAUUAGUACUAUGUUAAAAGAGUCAAAAACUUCUGUGAUAGUUUUAAAUUACAAAGUAAAUGUAAUUCCUGGAAGUUUUAUGUGAAAGUAUUAUCUUGCAUAGCACUAUGAAGUCAUGGUCAAAUUAUUAAAAUUGUUGUCAUACAGAAUUGAAAAAAAAUUAGCUCUCAGCAAUUAGUACCUGUAACUUAUUAGUGGCAACAACACAUCUCUGUCAGGCAGCCAAGUCCAAAGGAUCUCUCUAACCAUCAUGUAAAAUCAAGGUAUAAAUAAUCAUGUAAUCUAUUGAUAUGAACACUAGCCUCUCUUGGUUACCAGUUACCCCUCAAAGAAUUACAUUUUCUUUCCAUUCUUACUGAAGGCUUUCUUUACUCAGUAUGGUAUUACUUAUGACUGUCAAAUGAAACUUCUGUUGUUGGUUAUAUGUGCAUUAGGCAUCAUGAUACAAAGUCUUUCAUCAUGUGGUGUUGCCUGGUUAAGCCAGAGCAAAUCAUGUUGUGGUUGUAGCUCAAGGUGAUUCACAUGAUGGCUGUAAGCAAAGAAUCCUCAGGCGCUAACCCCAAAGACACUCUCCAGAAUUUUGUAAUUAAUAUUUUGUUACUUGAUGACAAACAAAAUAACAGACAAAUAACCAAUAAAGUAUAGGACUGUUGUAGUGCGUCUGUAUGUUAUUUUGGUUAAGUAACAUACAGAUGCACCAUGGCUGUUGCCAUGGUAUGAGUGAAAAUAAAUAAUGGAAGUGUUGUGAUCUUUAUGUAUUGAAACUUGAUUUUUAUGGUUUGUUUAUCUGAGGAAUUAAAAAACAGCUGGCUUGACUUUAUGUGUUGAUGUGGAAAGGGUACUGUGGUACUGAAAGAAAGAAAUUCAGAUACUCUUUUCCAAUCUUAAGCUUACAGGAG